UACUCUUGAAAACAAUACUUAAUUCUAAUGAUACUUUCUCUUGUUGUUGCCCCAGCUACUUGCCUGUUUGUGCAGGUUGCUUAGUGUUCAAGAAGGAGCUGUUUGGUCAGAAUCAUCAACAAUGACAACUUUCAAUGGAUUACUGAGCUUUGUGGUACAUAGUAAACCGAAGGUUCGCAAAGCAGCACAAGAAGCUGUAACGCUGCUGUUAAAGAAACCACCAGGUGACAUGCAACAUCAUCCAGCAUCAGCAACAACGGCUAAGUUCUGUGUUCAGCAAAUUGAAGAACAUGGAGGAUCGUCACAAGGUGCAACUACAACUCUCCAUGUCAUAGGUGUUCUAAAGGAAAUACUCCCUUCUCUUCCUGGACAGAAUGUGAAGGCGGUUUGUGAGUGCCUUUUAAAGCUGAUGACGUUAGGAAAUGUGGUAUGUCUUAACUGCAGUAUUGUGUGAAAAUUAAGCCUCAUGUACCAGGUGGAUUAACUAUUGUACCUUCAAGGAACUUUAGUUAACAAACUACUGUAUGUUACAGAGUUG